AAUCAGCUCAGCACCUCUCCUCCACCAGGAAGAAAAGCACAGUGGGACAGGCCCAGGAGAAGACUCUCACUCUCACCCGCACAGUCAAAGACGCACUGACGAGCGGCCAGGUCAACGUGUAGAGGUCAAAAGGGAGCUGGUGCAGGUUGGGGGUUGGGUGUGCCCCCGCUGGCCGGCAGGUCCACAAGAGUGCAGGCUGGUCCUGGGAAGAAGAAGUAGUCUGCUGGAGAAAGAGGGGUCAGCCCCCCAAGUCCUGUUUCUUCUGACAGCUCUGCCACCUUUCCAUCACCAUGGGGGAAUGGACCAUUUUGGAGAGGCUGCUGGAGGCAGCUGUCCAGCAGCACUCUACCAUGAUUGGAAGGUGGCCAGAAAAAGGAGACCAAAGGGAUGUCCGUGUUGCUCUGUUUCUGCUGGAUAUGAUCCUGCUGACAGUGGUGGUGAUUUUCCGUAUCCUGAUAGUAGGAAUAGUGGGGGAGAAGGUGUAUGAAGAUGAGCAAAUCAUGUUCAUCUGCAACACCAUGCAGCCCGGCUGCAACCAGGCUUGCUAUGACAAGGCCUUCCCCAUCUCGCACAUCCGCUACUGGGUCUUUCAGAUCAUCUUGGUGUGCACGCCGAGCCUGUGCUUCAUCACAUAUUCUGUUCACCAGUCUGCUAAAGCACGUGACCGAAGCUACUCUCUCCUGCAUCCUUACAUGGAUCACCAUGGUCACGGUCACCAUGGUCGCCAUCAUGACCAUCACGCUCGCAAGCUUCACUCUCGCAACAUCAACGGCAUCCUGGUGCACCCUGAUAGCAGUAAGGAGGAUCAUGACUGCCUGGAGGUCAAGGAGAUCCCCAACGGACCCCGGGGACUCCCUCAAACACACAAGAGUUCCAAAGUGCGACGGCAGGAAGGCAUCUCCCGUUUCUAUGUCAUCCAGGUGGUGUUUCGCAACGCGCUGGAGAUUGGCUUCUUGGCCGGCCAAUACUUCCUGUACGGCUUUAAUGUGCCGGGGAUGUUUGAGUGUGAUCGCUACCCAUGUGUGAAGGAGGUGGAGUGUUACGUCUCUCGUCCCACAGAAAAGACCGUGUUUCUGGUCUUUAUGUUUGCAGUAAGCGGCAUAUGUGUGCUGCUCAACCUGGCUGAGCUCAACCACCUUGGCUGGAGGAAGAUAAAGACGGCCAUGCGAGGGGUGCAGGCCCGGAGGAAGUCCAUCUGUGAAGUCCGCAAGAAGGAUGUUUCACACCUGUCCCAGGCCCCAAACCUGGGCAGGACCCAGUCUAGUGAGUCAGCCUACGUCUCCUUCUAUGAUAGUAAACUGGAUAGAAUAGAAGAGCGGGAACACAGCAACACAAGCCCAAACCUGUUUUUACCUGAAAGCUACACAAAGAUCAGCAUGGCAAACAAAGGUCCUUCCUAUGGUCUGAGCCGUGAGGUACAGAGCAAGAUUGAUAAGAAAUACGACCCGGAACUGGAGGAAAGGUUGGUGGAGUGGAUCGUCGCCCAGUGCGGCUCUGGAGCCGGCCGACCUGGGCCAGGCAAGAUCGAAUUCCAAAACUGGCUCAAGGAUGGAUGUCUGCUGUGCGAGCUCAUCAACACCCUGUAUGUACUCAACAAGCCGAUCAAGACCAUCAAGAGCUCCGGCAUGGCAUUUAAGCAGAUGGAACAAAUAUCCAUGUUCCUCAAAGCUGCGGAAAACUAUGGCGUCACCAAAACGGACAUGUUUCAGACUGUAGACCUCUUUGAAGGCAAGGACCUGGCUGCUGUCCAGAGGACCCUGAUGGCUCUUGGUAGUUUGGCUGUCACAAAGAAUGAUGGGUGCUAUAAAGGGGACCCCAACUGGUUCCAUAAGAAGUCCCAAGAGAACAGGAGAGAUUUCUCAGAGGAACAGCUGACCGAAGGCAGAAAUGUCAUCGGCCUGCAAAUGGGCACAAAUAAAGGAGCAUCUCAAGCUGGAAUGACAGGCUACGGACGACCCAGGCAGAUCAUCAACAACCCCUGAAUCUGAGCAGUGCUUAAAGCAUCCUCUGAGACACUCCUUCUGCCCUCUGAAAGGCCAGUGAGGACAGAGAAACUCUGACUCUUACUACGGCCAUGAGGAGAAAUGUAACUUGACUGUUUUUAAGACUAAACUGGAUGAAAAACAUGGACCAAACGAGAACAUGUGCACAUAUACAACACAUACUUCAUGUUGAGCACACAUACCUAAAUAGAUACCUUUAACAGUACAAGUAAACAAUUAAACAGAGCAUUUUACAUAGUAAACUGUAAAAAUAAUUUCUUAAAGGAUCAUUCCAGUAAUUUUGCAUGUUUUAACCCACUAACUAAAAAUCAAAUGUGCUUUACAUUACUGUAAAUCGUAAGAUUUUUGAUUGAUUUCUUACCUUCCAGACAUCCAGAGGUUUCACUUCAUUUCAGUUCACUAUAAAAUUCAACUUGCAGAGACUUGUAACUUGCUUGAGAGAAGUAAACCAUCACAUUCAACAUUUAGUUUGCUUUAUUCUUUAUUAUAACAGCCACAUUAUUGAGCCAUGCAGUCAGAAACUCUACCUGUUGGUGCAUUCAAGGACACUCUGAUGUCUGAGCUUUGAGAAUUUUUAAUGGAUGAAACAACCAAAUCCAUUAUUUAUUUUUCACAUUGUUUGUUUUUUGUUUCUCAAGCAAGUGUGUGGAGUGAUGUAAAGUUAAGCACAAAAUUUGAAGUUAAUAGGUUAAAACAAGCAAAUCUAAGUAGUCAAGUAUAUGUAAUUUUAGAAAGUGAAUUGCCUGGUUUAAAAAUGUUUGAAGAAAAACAAAAAUACAGUCAUGUGUGUGUCUCACCUGCUCCAUAACACAACCUGCAGUUAGAUUCUCUCAGUUAACUAAUUUCUAAUCAAAAUGUCUUUUUAGAGUUUAAUACACCAUAUAUAAUGAUGAUGAUUUUGAAAUAAAGUUCGAUUUACCUGUAAA